UCUCUCUCUCUCUCUUUCACUUAAUGAUGUAAAUCGAUCUUUAUUCGUCCGUGAAGUAAGUCAACCUAGUUAGUUUGCUUCAUUCACACUUCAAAUCUCCUUCUCAACAACCCUUCUCUGUCGACAAUGCUAGUAUGGCUCAAUAUAGACAAUCCGGAACCGAGAGAUUCAACGGUCGCGUCGGCGGCAGUUACCCUCACAACGGCGCAUCUUCUUCUGAGCAUAUAGCGAUCGGGAUCCGGAACGGCGUGGGAGGAGCGACUCAGCACGGGAAGACUAAUCGGUGGAGGCGAUCCGUAGUACGACCAGAGAGGAUUCGUCGCCUUGGAAUCGGCUCUGUAGUCUUCGUCAUCUGCCUUGUGCUCGUUCUCACUGUUCUAGCCUACUAUUACAUCUCUGGCUUUACUAACAGUGGCUACGAUGAUAAAGAUUCUUACGAGGGUGAUUUUCUGGCGAAUGUGACGAGAAUUGACCCUGAGAAGGUGCUUGAGUUUGGUCAGGGGUCAGUGGUUCAUGGACGAGACUCGAGAUAUUGGGAUAAGGAUGACAGACGACGGGAUGAUGACUAUAAUGAAGAUGAUGGAGUAGAGCAUCUAUCUCAAGAUAAACAUGUUGUUGCUCAAGUGACAAAGGUUCCUGUGAAGGGGAAUGUGGGUUUCUACAAUGAAGCUGGACGGAACGAAUUAAACAAAUAUGAAGCCGAGUAUCAAGCUUCCCUUGUCAACGGUGGUGGUGGUGGGGAUCACGAGGCUCUCGAUGUGGACCCUAAUGACGAUGAUGCCAUUGAUUCUCAAGGGGAUGAAUACGUUGAUUCCGGGCAUGACGAGGAUGAUACGCAUAAAGAGAAGAAGCCCACCGAGGUUCUGAGCAAGGAUCAUACUGAGGAAAAGGAUUCUUCGAAAAGGCCACUUGAGGAUUCUUCUCUUGUUAGUACGGGUGCUAAGUCCGGGAAAAAAUCACGAUCUGAUACAAAAAGAAGAGGUCGAGGCCGCAGAUCUUCAGGUGCAUCUUGUGAUAUGAAGCUGUUGAAUUCUAGUCAACCAAUAGUGGAGCCCUUGAAUACUCGAAAAUCUGCUAGGUUCUCCUUACAGUACAUAGAUAAUGAAGAUAAACCCGAUGGGGAAGAACAGUGGGAGCCUAGGUUUGCAGGUCAUCAGAGUUUACAGGAGCGGGAAGCUUCCUUUUUCGUUCAAGACAAGAAAAUUCAUUGUGGUUUUGUCAAAGCUCCCAAAGGAUCUCCAACCACUGGGUUUGACUUGACAGAAGAUGAUACUAAUUAUAUCAGUAGAUGCCACAUUGCUGUUAUCUCAUGCAUCUUUGGCAAUUCUGAUCGCUUGAGGCCUCCUGCCAAUAAAAUGAUAAGUCGGUUGUCAAGAAAAAAUGUCUGCUUCAUUGUGUUCGUGGACGAGAUUACCAUGCAAACACUUUCUGCAGAAGGCAAUGCUCCAGACCGAGCAGGAUUCAUUGGUUUGUGGAAGUUGGUUGUUGUGAAGAAUCUUCCUUACGCAGAUAUGCGGAGGGUAGGAAAAAUACCAAAACUGUUGCCACACCGACUUUUUCCAUCAGCUAGGUACUCAAUCUGGUUAGACAGCAAGUUGCGACUUCAGUUGGAUCCUCUACUCAUUCUGGAGUACUUCCUAUGGCGUAAAGGUCACGAGUAUGCUAUAUCCAAUCACUAUGACCGCCAUUGUUUAUGGGAAGAGGUUGCACAAAACAAGAAGCUGAACAAGUACAAUCAUACUGUUAUAGAUCAACAGUUUGAGUUUUACAAGGCUGACGGGCUGACCAGAUUCAAUGCUUCAGAUCCGUUUAAGCUUCUUCCUAGCAAUGUUCCAGAGGGGUCUUUCAUUGUACGUGCACAUACUCCCAUGUCGAACCUAUUCUCGUGUCUUUGGUACAACGAAGUGGAACGCUUCACUCCUCGUGACCAGCUGAGUUUUGCCUAUACUUACCAGAAACUAAGAAGGAUGAAUCCUGACAAACCAUUUAAUCUUCACAUGUUCAAGGACUGCGAGAGAAGAAAGAUUGCAAAGUUGUUCCGACACAGAUCAGAGGAGAAGCGAAACCUUAUACAAGCAGCACUACAACAAUAAACGACCCGAACAUCUUUUUUUUUCUAAAAUCUGUCCUGUAUAUUACUUGUUGGUUUCUCUACUUCCAUAUUACACAGUGUCACUUGGAGAAAAGCCACGUUUCUUUGCUCCUGGGGACUUCAAAACUUCUUUACGUUGGAUCGAGUAUGUUGCUUGGAGGCGAGAGCCAGAUGAGGUAUACGAAAACAAUGUGAGGUGAUUUGUAGUGUAGCGCGACGUUUUAAGAGUUGAAACUUUGAAAGAAGAAGAAGAAGAAAAGCUUUGAUUAGAUUCGAUUUCAUGAGAAGAGGGUCCUCGAUUUUUAUUCAAUUCAUUGCUUUGUUUUUGUCUGUAUCACUAUCAUGCAACCAAUUUAUCCCCUUAAAAAAAUAUAAUACAUUGAUUAUA